AUGCGGCUUGAGAUGCGUGACAACAUCGAUCAGAUCGUCAGGGAGAUGCGCGGUAUCGGCCGGUCGAAGGUGCCAACGGCAGCAGCCAAGGCGCUGACCUUCACGGCGGAGCGCGUCCAGGCUGCCGAGAAAGCCGAACUGGCCCGGGUGUUUGAUCGCCCCACACGUUGGACGUUGAACUCUAUCUUCAAGCGCAGCGCCACGGUCACCCGGCUGUACGCCCGGGUGUGGGUCAAGGACGAAGCCAGCUCAGGUGUUCCCGCAUCCAAGUAUUUGCCGGUGCACAUGGACGGUGGCAACCGCCCGCACAAGCGCUUCGAGAAGGCGUUGAUCCAUUACGGCUUGAUGCCAGCGGACAUGUACGCAGUACCAGGUCGGCGCGCCCGAAUGGAUGGCAACGGGAACAUCAGUCGCGGCCAGAUCGUGCAGAUCCUAUCCGCCCUCGGUGCAGCAGAGCGGGUGUCGGGCUUCAUGGCUAACCGCACGAAACGAAGCCAGCGGCGCAACCGAAAUGCACCGAACUACUUCGUGGGUCGGCCUGGUAACGGCACCGGCCCUCGUGGCAUUUGGCAGCGGGUAGGCAGUGGUGCCAGGCCCAUCCUGAUCUUCGUCAAGCGCCCGACGUAUCGACGGCGCUUUGACUUCUACGGGGUCGCCAAUCGCGUGGCCCAGGCCGAGUUCGAACCGCUGUUCCGGCGUGCCCUGGCUCGGGAGAUGGAAAGGAGC